AUGGCCGCAUGCUUCCUUGCACUUGCGCGCUACGACCGUGCGGCUGAGGCGCAAGCACUUCGCCUGCGCGGCGAUGUAUACGCGGCGCGCGACUGGCUCGCGCGCCCCGCACAUGCCAAGUAUCUCGACGAUGCCGAUUUUCUCGCUGAAAAGGCUCGAAUUGAUACGCAGAUUCGCACACGCGAGCGUUCAAGUGCUACGCAGUGGCGCGGCUUCCUAACAUACACGGCGGCGGUCGCAGGGGUCGCUGUGCAUGCGUGGUGGCAUGGGUAUACGUAUCUGUGCCUAGCACAUCAUGCAAGCCUAUCGUUCUACACACUCGACGACGAGGCCCCAACGCCGACAGGCUGCGAAGCCGCGCCUGUGCGUGUGCGCCAGGUGCGUCUACAUGCGCGUGUGCUGGCCAUGGAGGCAGUACGUCGCGCGCGAGGGCCCGAUGCACUUCUUGUGCUCACUGACCACCCGACGCCGCGCCUCGUACGCAUUGAGCCACGCGGAACGUGGGACGUGCACACAGUGCAGGUUUGGGACCUGCACCUGGCAGGACGGACCGCCGCCGAAUUGGGCCUUGGCCUCGCAGUAGAGCUGGAGGGCGCAGAUGGUGCACCGGGUCGCUGGGUGCUCGCUCAUGUGUAUACAGGGCAAGUGCGCCUCUUGUCGCUCGAUACGAAGCAGAACUGGGACGCACGUGUCGUCCUGGCCCGUAAACCAUCGACACCAGCCAUGUUGGCUCUUCUCACAGUAUCGACUGCUGCAGCAUCGCAGGGACAGCCCGUGCUUACCUUCCACACUAUCCAUGCAGCGCGCCACGCUCUGCGCCCUGUGCCGUGGAGCGACGCUGAGCCUUCUUCCUCUGUGCCGAUCCCGGACGCUGACGCCUUCGGAGCUCACUAUCUCGUUGCGCUGCCUGCGGAUGCAGGCGGUGGUGUCCUUCUGUUUUGUGAGCACAGUGUAUUCUUUGUUCCGCCACCCACGAUCGCUGCGCGCGGCGUCGGGACAAAGCCCGCUCCCAAACGCGCACGUCCGUCGCCGCCCGCCUUGCAGCAUACAAGUCUCGCCCAGGGUGGACAGGUCGUUGCGGCCUGUGUGCUUCCCACUUCCAUGUAUCCCGUUCUCUAUGCUAUGGCGGACGGCAGCCUCUUUGUGAUGCAAGGCCCAUGGGCCCCUUCAGCGGGCGCUGCGCGCUUCGAUGUACGGUGCCUGGCUCGUGGACUGUCUGUGCCUGCAGGUCCACAUGCUCUGACGCCGCUAAGCGACCAGAUUGUGGUUCUUGCGAGCGCUACGAGCGACUCGCACCUGGGACUCGUGGACCGUGGAUGGCACUCCAUUCAUACGUGGCCACAUGCAGGGCCCGUUCUGGAUUUGGCUAUUGCAGCACCCGCUGCAGGCCCUGCUGCGCCGCCGCGCCUACUGCGAGCUUGUGGUGCGCCUCCUGCUUACUGCCUUCAGCUACUCUCUCACGCGCUACCGACUAUGCUUCACGCAGAAGGCGCAGCGCCCGAAUGCAUUGAUCUCUAUGCAUGCCAUACCCCGAGUCCCUCAGGGCUUCACACGACGGCGCUUGUGGCCGUGUACACACACGAGGCACAUGUGUACGAUGCAUCACUGGUGCUCCGCAGCGCCGUGGCCGGCCGUGUCGUGUACGCGGCCGGCGUCGGUGGACAUCCUCUGCUUGUGACGCGCACGCACAUUGAGUGGCAGGACAAGACAUGGGCGCCAGAGGCUGAGGUGGUGGCCGCUUACGCGGCUGGCGACCAUGUCCUUAUCGGCCUACAUGGCGGGCGUGUGGUGCUGCUACGUGCGAGCGCCUCUACCGGGUUGACGGUCGUGAGCGAGCAGGUUCUUCGGGCCGAAGUGGCGUGCGUUUGGCUAGGCGACGAUGUACUCGUCGGCCUCUGGGAUGCGUCGGUGAUUCGUCUGGCAGUGCCUACGCUCCAUACUAAGCAAACAUGGACACAGGUCGCUCCCAGUGUGCCAUCGUGUGUGCUUCUUCAUGCAUGGGUGCCGGAAUCUCCCCCCGGGCUCGUGCUAGGUACAGUCGAUGGCCGUGUGCUCGUGCUGGAUGGAGAAACAGUGGCCCAUUCCCUGCAGCUGCGUGGGUCGCGUGUGCGUUGCGAACCAUGCGCGCUUGAUGUGCUUGGCCUGCGUGGUACGGGUCUCCUGCUUGGCACUCGCACCGAUGCGGGCCUACUCUAUGCAGUAGGCGGCCAGUGGCAGUACAGUCCAUGGCCUGCGCACGGCGUUGAUGCACUCGUGCGUGUGUACCUUCCCAGGAGCCCUGCGCUACACUGCGCAGUGCUAGCACAUGCACGACUCACGUUGCACAGCGUCACGGGCGUGCAGCAGGACCAUGUGACUACAGCGCCGCUCGGCGCCGAGGCACCCACGAGUGUGAGUCUUGCGUCGGAGCACGCUGUCGUCGCAUUAUGGGAUGAGGAUGCGACCCGUGGCCGUGUUGCCCUGUGCGACCGCAGGUCGCUCGAACAUCGUGCCGAGAUGGUGCUGCCCGUGCCGGAGCGACCAAGCUGCGUGCACGUCGCGCGCAUCAAUGAGACCGAACAUGUAUUCCUCGGCACGGGCUAUGUGACGACCGCAGGCACUGCGCCCACAUCGGGGCGCGUGAUUGUCGGGCGUUUAGACGGCACGCACAUCGAGAUGCUAGGCGCGCUGGACGUGCCAGGUCAUGUUCUAGGUGUGGCGUACGUGCCCCACUAUAUUGUCGCAGCUGUGGAUGCACAAGUGCACACAUACGCAUGGGACGCAGACGCCCGGUGCUUGCAUCCAGUCGCGCGCUGGGGCUGCGCGUUCAUGGCGAGCUGCAUCGCGGCACACGAGUCGACGAUUGUGGUGGGUGACGCGAUGCACUCGCUCACGGUGCUGCACAUCGAGGCAGACGGUACGUUGCGCGAGCUGGCGCGCGACUUGGACCCGUACUGGACAACAGCGGUCGGUAUCUACGAUGUGGCCGGCCAAGAGUAUGUCGGCGCGGACAUUGCGAUGAAUAUGUUUGUCGCGCAGCGCUUGGCACUGCCCGAGUCUGCGCCGCGCGAGGCUUGGUCCCACGUGAUGCGACGCACGACGGCGUUUCACUAUGGCGACAUGGUCAAUCGGCUCGUGCGUGCGAGCGAGGGCUGUGUGUAUGUCGGCGCUGCGGCGGGGGGUGUGGGUAUGUUGACUGACUUGGCGCCUCACGACGCGCAGGUGCUUGGCUACCUGCAAGAGGCACUCGCGAGCGAGACUUGCAGUGUGGACGGCGUACCGUGGGCGGUCUGGCGCACGCUGCGUACCGAUACGCGCGAGGCACCACCGCUCGGCGUGAUUGAUGGCGAGUUUGUGCGUGGCUUCCUUACAUGUGAUGAGGCGCAGCGUGCUAGUAUCCUGACGGCCGCGCAGCGUCUCGCGCACGACGCGGCCUGCCGCGAAGCGCUCCACGAGACGGCGCUCAGGUCGCUGCUGAGCCGCCUUCCGUAG